AUGGCGGCGUCACGUGACCACGAGCGUCGCGCCCUGUCAGGGGGCGGGGCAAAGCGCGGGGGCGUGAGCCCCGGACACGCGCUCUCACACACACUGACAGCCCUGGCAGCCCCCCGAGACCCCCGAUUCCGGCACCCCCGGGCACGUGACCCUCUGAGCACCAACACCCCCGGUCUACGGACACACCAGGCACUGACACCCCCAGGGAUCUGCACCGGGAUCCCCGGGCACCGACACCUCCGCGCACCGACGCCCGAGGAACCCCCGACACCGGGACUCCCAGGCACGAGGAUCCCCGCGACCCCCGAGCACCCCACCGGGACCCCCGAGCACCGCGCCGGGACCCCCGAGCACCCCACCGGGACCACCGAGCAUCCCACCGGGACCCCCGAGCACCGCGCCGGGACCCCCGAGCACCCCACCGGGACCACCGAGCAUCCCACCGGGACCCCCGAGCACCGCGCCGGGACCCCCGAGCACCCCACCGGGACCACCGAGCAUCCCACCGGGACCCCCGAGCACCGCGCCGGGACCCCCGAGCACCCCACCGGGACCACCGAGCAUCCCACCGGGACCCCCGAGCACCGCGCCGGGACCCCCGAGCACCCCACCGGGACCACCGAGCAUCCCACCGGGACCCCCGAGCACCGCGCCGGGACCCCCGAGCACCCCACCGGGACCACCGAGCAUCCCACCGGGACCCCCGAGCACCGCGCCGGGACCCCCGGUCCCGCAAACCCCGUGUGCCCCCGGCAGCGGCUCACGAAGGGACGGAGCUCAGGGCUGACCCCGAGGCCGGUGGGGACAGGGACCUCUUGGGGUCCUCCUGGCUGGUUCUGCGACGUCGAUGACCCCAGGGACCCCGACAUGGGUGGGGGGCGAAGGGGGUGUCCCGGGGGGCAUGGUCUCAGCCCCGUGCCCCCACCCCCGCUUUCCCCCCAGAAGGACACGCCAGCACAUCCCAUGUGCCAUUCAUGGGAGUCACCACUUUAUUUGGAUCUGAAGGGGCUCGGGGGCCCCCCCCAUUUUCGGGUCCUGUGA